AUGGAAAAGAGAGAUGGUGCUUUGCAUAUGAUGGAUGGUGGCUGUCCCACUUUCGGGUUAUCAGUCCGCAUUGAUACUGAUGGUACGUUUUCUCACACGCUGAUGGCGCUAAAGAUUUUGAUCUUCAGAAUUCUUGUAUUGACAGGUAUGCAUCUGGCAGAUGGCUCAAUCUCCGACAGCUUUAAAGAAUGCAGUCAGUUCUUCUAUAUGCAUACAGCACCCACUGGUAUCCGAGGGGGUAAUCUGAAGAGGAUAUGCCAGCGCUAUGGAGAUAAACUACGGUAUGCCACACUGUAUGACAGCAGCUGUCGGUUGGCACUUUAUUCAGCAUACACAUUCAAAAAGUCAGAUGGACAGAAGAGGAUGGACACACCCUGGAUGUAUGAACCACAGCUGGUAUCCCCUGAUGAAAGCGGGAACAUGAAAGUGUUGCCCUCUAGUGGUGAAAUAGACCAGCUGCUUGAGGAAAGCCAGGCUGUGCUAGCAGACUAUGUUGAUGCAGUGGAGUUUGCGCGGGGUCCACUUAACCCUGACCAGCACCAGGCAGACAACCAAGACAAAGCAGCUACCUAUACACUCACAAAUGUGGUUCCUCAGAUCACAGAAUUUUUGGAGGGCCCGUGGGCCACAUAUAUUGAUAUGGUGCGUCAACGCUUGAAUAACUUUUGCCGUGGCACUGUCUACGUGGUGACUGGGGUUACUGUAUCGGGGAUGACCAUCCGAAGAGGAAAGGAAGAUCGCAUGGCUGUCCCGAAGUACUUGUGGUCAGCAUACUGCUGUCCGCGGUUUGAUAGAAACUCACCUUAUGAAGUUCGGUUUAUGUUUCCCACAUAUGCAGCAUAUGCUUUGAAUGAGAAAGUGGGGCACAGUGUUACAGAAGUGCCUCUGAAGGCUUUAGAGACCUUUCUGAAAACUAAGACUGACAUGGACAAAACCGUGAGCAUCUUUUUCAAAGGCUGUCUCUCAGAAAAUACACAUGCCAGUGGGAAGUGA